AUGGGCGCGACACAGUGUGGCUUCUGCUGCUUGGGCCGCGACAAGGGCCCUGAUGGCCAGCAGCCCCUAGGCCUCCCGGACUUGCUGACCAAGCGCAGGUCCGAGACUUCCCAGGGCAGCCCAGAGGAGAAAGUGGAGAAGAGUAAGGAGGUGUGCGGCAAUGGAAGCGAGGGCAGCGAGCCCCAGCCCGCCUCACAGCAGGAGAUGAAGAAAGAUGACAUCUCCAAGAAGGCAACGGCCGCAGAAGAGCGGGAGGCUUUCCUCCAAGCUCUGAUGCGUGACCGUGCCGAGGCAGAUCGUGCCGAGGUGGAAGCCCAAAAGGAGGCCAAGCGGGCGGCGAUCCUCCGGCGACUUGAGGCCACGAACCGCGGCAUCCGAGCGCAGUUUGAGAAGAUUGCGAGCGCCGCGGACUUCAAGGAGGCCAAAGUGCAGUUCGUGCCCGCAGUGGAGGAAAUUCCAAUGGAAGCACCGCUUGCCCCAUGUGCGCCUGCCUCAUCCGAUUCGUCCGCGACAGGAGUCGUCAAGAAACUGCCGCAGAAACCCAUUUUGAAGGGUGCUGGUGAGCGCAAGCACUUGGCUCCCUGCCGUGGGCAAGUCCGCGGGGACGAAUCUCCAACAAAUUCCUCUGAUGACAGCGUGUACCCCGAUUAUGAUGGGGACGACGACGGAGUGUGUUUUGAAGAGUGA